AAUUAGACGAGGAACCCCGACAUCCUCUGCGUUUCUAAGAAUCUCGUUGGCUGAACAUCAUCACGUGACGCCAACUUCCGGCCUGAAAAUAUAUUUUUCCUGUCCAAGAAACGUGAAUUUGAGAUAAACAAACGUUAUCUUUCAUUUAGCUACGAAACGUUCGAAUGUAGGUGGUGGUAGCCACAUUACAUUUUACCAUGGUGAAAUGCGUGGUCCAGGGGUGUCCUAAUCGAAGUGACAAUAAUAAAGGAGCGUUUCCGAAUCGUCCUUCCAAGAGGUUUUUCAAUUUUCCUAAUGACCAGGCUCGGGUGAAAGUGUGGCUUGCCGCACUGCGAGAAACGGAGAAGGAGGAUUCAACAGAGGAGCACCGAAUAUGUGAAGACCACUUUCUGACAGACCACAUAACACCACGCGGAAUAAGCGAGGAUGCCAUUCCUAUCAUGCCCCCAUACCUCGACGGGCCACUGAGUCUGAUCAGCCCGUGGGGCGAGGACUCUUCUGACGAAGAGGAAUUCGUGGAUGAUGAUGCUUCGGCUAUGCACAAUGACGAUGUUAAAGAAAAAUAUGAGAGUCAGGCCGAGACAGAACCAUCUGCAUCUAGGUUCCGUGAACUGGUUGAAGGCACCAAGACAAAGACAAGACAAGUCGGUGCUUCUACUGAACCCAAGCCAGUGUUACCGUACACCAGUAAGGGAUUUGUCCGCCAGGAUCUAUCCCUGGCUCUGUUGACCAAGAAGUUCCUAAGGCUGAUGAGUGGCGCCCCUCAUGGUAUCAUGGACCUCAACCUCGCAGCACAGAAUCUCCACACACGCAAACGGAGGGUAUAUGACAUCACCAACUGCCUGGAGGGGAUCAAGCUCAUCCAGAAACAAUCGGCCAACAAGAUCAAGUGGAUAGGUCUGUGUCCAGUCACCAGUUUUGUUGGGCCGAAGCAGAGGCUUCAGCGGGAGCUGCAGAACCUGAAGACGGUGGAGGAGAGUCUAGAUGCGCUCAUCAAGACCUGUGCCCAGCAGCUCUUUGACAUGACCGACAGUUUGGACAACAUAGAAUUAGCCUACGUGACGCACAGUGACAUCAGUGCUAUCAAGGUGUUCCAGGAACAGACGGUCGUUGCCAUCAAGGCCCCGGAAGAGACCAAGCUGGAGGUGCCAACACCCAAGGAGGAUGGCAUCCAAAUCCACCUGAAGGGAGGCAGGGGACCAAUCAAAGUGCUGACCUGUGAGAUGGACGGGCCUCAACGUGCCACACAGGGAAGUGGAAAGACAACCGUCUUUCUAUCACUGGAGGAGAGCCGGAUUAAGACCAUGCGUCUGCACACAGGGGCCUCUGCAUCACAGAAUGCUGUACAGAGUGGAUAGUCUUUCGUUAUGGUAGUAUGCUGCACUGUCACAUUGUCCUCAUUGGAUGUUUUUGUCUCACUGUUUGGACUCUGACUCCACAUUCUGACAUUGUCACUUUGGGAAGAGGCCAUUUUUGUCAUUUUUAAAAAUAUAUUUUUCUGUGUAAAAUGCCAACUAUUCCUCGUAUGACUUGAUUGUAAAAAGUGCACAUAAGUCAUGAAAUCACAAGCUUUAUUUUUAUACAUGUAGUUUUGAGUUUACAGUCUAUCCUCACUCAGAUUCUCAGUUGUUUCAUGCUUAAAGCAGGGUUGUGGUUGGCCCUCCAGGGCUUACUGUACUAAAGUGGUUGCAGUACACUACUGUAUUACUGUACUUUUCAGUCAUCUUCAAAUGUUUGCAAAAUGGUGGACAGUGUCAAUGUGACAGCUAUAGUCAUUAGAAAGUAACACAUGCUCAUGUACAUAAAGUUAAAUUUUCCAAGCAGUUUCAUCAUGUACCUUAGUGGAUUGGAACAGUUGUAUGUUAUUUGUUUCAUCUAACUAUUCUGAAUGCCCUAUUAAAAGUUGUUUGUCUUUC